GCCAUCGUCGGGCGAUCCCGCCUUCACCAAUCUCCUUAUCCAUUUUUUUCCCUUUUCAUCGCGCGAAGCUCUCUCUAAUGGCUUCGACGAGCUUUACCAGCGCUUUGUGUUUUUCUUCUCAAAACCCUAUCAGAAACCUCCAAUUUUCUUCGCCGAUCUUCUCUUCUAGCUCCAGUGGCGUCGCAUUUGCUUCCAUUUCCACCGCUCUUACUUCCUGCUUCAGCCUCUCGCCUUCAAAUACUCGUUUCAGUUCCCGUUUCACUCGUAAUUGUUCCUCCAGCACCGCUCCAGUUCGCACUUUGGAUUACGAGUUUACCGAUAGUUCUUCUGAAGUGGAACUGAGGUUACAACUUGGGACUCAAGACAUUCGUAGUUCUAAAGAUGUUUAUGUGGAUGCAAAUGAUACCUCUUUGACUAUUAGAGUACAACGCCCGGGGUCUAUCAUAACUCUUCUGGAAACAAAGCAACUAUUUGAGAAAAUAAAACCUGCAGAAACUAUAUGGUAUAUUGAUGAAGAUCAACUAGUCAUAAAUUUAAAGAAGCAUGAUCCGGACUUGAAAUGGCCCGAUAUUGUAGAGUCUUGGGAAUCCCUAACAGCAGGAUUUGCACAGCUUCUAAAAGGAACUUCUAUAUUUUUGAUAGGGGAUUCGACAGAUAUUAACCAAAAAGUUGCUCAUGAACUCGCAGUUGGACUUGGGUAUACUCCAUUGAGUACAAAAGAAUUGCUGGAAACACUCUCCAAGCAGACUAUUGAUUCAUGGAUGCUUGCUGAAGGCUCUGAUGCUGUAGCACAAGUAGAAAACACUGUAAUAGAAAGUUUGAGCAGCCAUGUCCGUGCUGUUGUUGCAACGUUAGGAGGUCGACUGGGAGCUGCAGGAAGAACAGAUACGUGGAGACAUCUAUAUGCAGGAUUCACUGUCUGGCUUUCACAAACUGAGGCCACAGAUGAAAGUGCAGCUAAGGAAGAAGCUAAGAGACACAUGCAAGACAGUCAGCUAGCUUACUCAAAUGCUGAAGUCGUAGUUAAACUUCAGGGUUGGGAUGAUGCUCAUUCCAAAGUAGUGGCUCAGGCAGCUUUAAGUGCCCUUAAGCAACUUAUUCUCUCAGACAAAAGCCUCCCAGAUAAGAAAAGUCUUUAUAUCCGGUUGGGAUGCCGUGGCGAUUGGCCAAACAUCAAACCUCCAGGUUGGGAUCCUGCUUCCGAUGGAAUAGCAAACAACAUCAGUACCUGAAAACAACUUUUCUUUUGCCAUUAAGAAGUUUGCAGAAAGUAACAAAAUUUCAGGUCUUCGCUCGCAACAUUGCGGACUGCAUCCUUCACUGAGAUUUAAAUUCGACUAAAUUAUGUAUUUAAUUUCGAGAUUUGUGUCCAUUAGUUUAGUUUUCUAUAAACUUAAUCCCCUAAUUACCUUUUUUUUUUUUCCAUAUUAAGAUUCACACUUCAAUCGGAAA